CUUCCCACAGGUGCCCUCCCCUCAGCGUCGCGCACCGCCCCUCACGAGCCCGCCCCUCCCUCCCUUCCCCUCAGGCGCGUGCGCCUCCGGUGGCGGGGGUGGGGCCUCGCGUUCGAACGGCGGCGGGCGGAAAACAUGGCGGGAGCGCGGGCUCUGCUCCGGCACUGCCCACUGCUGCUGCCGCAGGACCGCCACGGCACCGCCUACGAGGGCUUUGUCACUGCCCAGGGUAGAGACUUCCACAUUCGGAUACUGCUACCAGUGGAUUUGCAACUGAAAAAUGCCAGGAUAGAGUGCAGCUGGCAUCUGAAGAAGAUCCUGCAUGGAUAUCGGCACCUUUUAAAGCAGAGGCUGCACAGCUGCCCAGAUCUUGUCAGCUUUAUGGUGGAGCUGAAAACUGUUUUGGAAAUUGCCUUAAAGAACACACAAGACCUGCACAUCCCACGGCCUCCAGAAUACUACUCCUGUCUUGUCAGAGAUCUAGAAAUACUGGGCUGGAAUAGAGUGGCCUAUGUGGACACUGGGCUGACCACAGUCAAGUUAAAAGCUGAAGACUCUUGUGGUCGACAGCAUCUCAUCACUCUCAAGUUAAAUGCAAAGUAUCCCACAGAACCACCAGAUUGCUUUGUAGAUUUUCCUGUUCCAUUUGCUGUUUCCUGGAUGCCACAGAACUCCUUAAUAGACAUUUACAAUCAGUUCCUGGUAGCCUUGGAGUCACUGAAGGAAUUCUGGGAUGCCCUUGAUGAAAUUGAUGGGAAGACAUGGGUGCUUGAGCCAGAAAAUCCCACACGGAGUGCUACAACCAGAAGAAUUGCAAUAGAGAGCAAUGUCUCAGUGAACAUAGAGGUAGAUCCUCGCCACCCAAACAUGCUUCCAGAGUGUUAUUUCCUUGGAGCAGAUCACGAAGUGAACCCUCUCAGAACUAAACUCAACAACAACAUACACUUGUGGGAUCCGGAAAUCAGUUUGUUACAAAACUUGAGAGAGCUCCUAGAAAUUGAUUUUCCAUCUCGUGCUGUGUUGGAAAAAAGCGACUUUGCCAAGGACUGUGGGAUCUGCUACGCCUAUCGGCUGGAUGGCAGCGUGCCUGACCAAGUGUGUGACGACCCUCGCUGUGGGCAGCCCUUCCACCAGGCCUGUCUCUAUGAGUGGCUACAAGGCCUUCCUACUAGCAGACAGAGUUUUAAUGUCAUCUUUGGUGAAUGUCCCUAUUGUAAUAAGCCUCUGACACUGAAAUCUUCAAUAAGGAAACUCUAG